AUGAGGAAAAUCACUAAAUCAACAAUUUUAGGCAUCAAAAGGAAACCAAGUGAUGAAAAUAAAGAAAAUGAAUUGGGCAACUCAUUAUCAAGGAAUAAUUCUGAUCAAGGAAAACAACAGUCUCCGACAAGAAAUCCUGCCCGCAUUCCUCUUGGAGGGGGUUUGUCUCAAAACAUCACACCCUUGAGUAACGUGACUAACGCAAAUAGUUUUUUCAAAUCAUCAUUAAUGAAUAAUGCUGGUCAAGUUAAGGAGCAACAUACGCCAAAUCAUCCUGCCAAAAAUCCUUUGGGAUGUUGUUUCUCUCCAGAUAUCACACCAUUCAGUACCAUCAGUAAUGCAAAUCAUUUCGGUGGCUCAUCUUGUACGAAUAAUACUGCUCAAGAUCAAGACCAACGUAUGACAGCUAAUCCUUACACAAAUCCCCAGCGAGGAUGUUUCUCUGAAUAUAUCACACCAUUGAGUAACAUCACUACCGUACGGCAAUCCAAUACACAAAUAGGAGAUGAAUUUGCAAUUCGUAAACCAUUAGAUAAAUAUGCAAUUGUCGAAGACCAGGUAACAACCAGAGACUUGCUACCUGCCUUUGAAGAUGAAAGUAACAAUGCGGUGAGCGAUGUCUCAAAUCAAAACAUAGCUGAUGCAAAUUUAUCGGGUGACGCUGUACGGCAGACCUCGGGAAUUGGGACAUCCUCUGGUCCACAAAAUGGUCAAUACUGCGAUUUUGGCGAUGCAACAAAUCAGUGCGUACAUUGUGGGGCUAUGUUUUGGUUUGAAGAAAGGAAGAAGAAUUUGUCAACAAAAGCAUCGCCACUGUUUAUGUUGUGUUGCAACAAUGGGAAGAUCAAAUUGCCGGAUAAUAAGUUGCCACCAAAAGGUAUAUUUGAUCUCUUUUUCGGCAAUGACGAAUUAUCAAAAGAAUUUUUACACAACAUUAGGACCUACAACAACAUGUUCUGUUUCACAUCCAUGGGUGGAAAAAUUGACAAGAACGUGAACAAGGGUGGAGCACCUCCAAUUUUUCGAUUAAGUGGUCAAAACUACCACCUAAUGGGCACUUUACUUCCAGAACAAGGCAAAGAACCUCAUUUUGCCCAGUUAUACAUAUACGACACGGCAAAUGAAAGGAACAACCGUAUAAAUGCUGUGAGGGGUAUUGGUGACCAAGAUGACAUUCAUGUAGAAAUAGUGAAUGUCAUUCAGAAAGACCUGGAUGAAAAUAAUGUCUUGGUUAAGUCUUUUCGCAUGGCUAUGUCUGAGUUGGAUAUUAAUCCAUGCGCCGAAGUAAAAAUAAAGUUGUUGGGAAAACGAACUAGAGAUGCUAGGACAUAUAAUGUGCCUCAAGUGUCUGAAGUAGCAGCUUUAAUCGUUGGCGAUCUGGAUACCAGUAUUGAAGAGCGUGAUAUUAUUGUUCAAUCGAAGGGUGGCCAACUACAGAGGAUUACUGAAUUAAAUCCUUCAUACUUACCACUGCAAUACCCUAUUCUGUUUCCAUAUGGCGAAGAUGGUUAUCGGGAGGACAUUGCAUUCGCCGACGUAGUCGGCAGGCGCUCUUCUGGUGGUAGACAAAGGAUUAGCCCCAGGGAGUUUUUUUGCUACCGCAUACAAUCUAGACAGUCAGCUCCAAGUACCAUAUUAUUUGCAAAGCGGUUGUUCCAACAAUUCGUUGUAGAUGGCUACACAAUGGUUGAGUCUGGAAGGCUAAUUUAUAUAAGGACACACCAAAAAAGCCUAAGGUGUGAGAGUUACAGUGGAUUAACUGAUGCUUUGACGAGGGGUGAUUUAAGCCCUGCAGCCCAAGGUCGUAGAAUAAUACUACCUUCGAGUUUUACUGGUGGUGCUAGAUAUAUGAUACAAAACUACCAAGAUGCAAUGGCAAUAUGUAGAUGGAUUGGAUACCCAGAUUUAUUUAUAACCUUUACAUGCAAUCCGAAGUGGCCUGAGGUGCAACGCUUUUUAAAAGAUCAAAGGUUGAAGCCAGAAGACCGGCCGGACAUAAUUUGCCGCUUAUUUAAGAUUAAGUUGGAUGCUUUGAUAGCUGAUUGUCGAAAGAAUCAACUAUUUGGCCCUGUUGCCGGAGUCAUAUAUACAAUUGAGUUUCAAAAGCGAGGUCUUCCGCAUGCUCAUAUAUUGCUUUUUCUGGAGAAAAGUAAAGAAGUUAGGCAAGUUCUCACUCUAGACAACAUAAUUUCAGCAGAGAUUCCCGAUGAAAAGAAAGAGGCUGAGUAUUACCAGGCGGUAGAGGAAUUUAUGAUGCAUGGUCCAUGUGGAAAAGCCAGGACAAAUUCUCCUUGCAUGGUAAAUGCACGAUGCUCUAAACAUUUUCCUAAGAGAUUUGUUGAUAGUUCUACGUUUGAUGACGAUGGUUACCCGGUAUAUAGAAGGAGAGACAAUGGCAGUGUAGUUACAAAGAACGGGAUCGCCUUGGACAACAGGUAUGUGGUACCGCACAAUAGAUAUUUAUUGCUCAAGUACAAGGCUCAUAUAAAUGUCGAGUGGUGCAACCAAUCAAGGUCAAUAAAGUACCUGUUCAAGUAUGUUAACAAGGGUCAUGAUCGAGUAACAGCCGAAUUUUACAAAAUAGGCAAUGAUGACGAGAAUGGCAAAGCAGUAGAUGAGAUAAAUAUGUACUAUGACUGUAGGUACAUAUCCCCGUGUGAAGCUGUCUGGCGUCUAUUUGGUUUUGAUAUACAACUUCGUGCGCCUUCGGUAGAGAGGUUAAGCUUUCACCUUCCUAAUCAACAGAGUGUGAUAUUUGCAGAUGAUGAUGCAGUUGAGAACAUUGUGAAUAGACCUACGAUAGCACAGAGCAUGUUCUUAGAAUGGUUCGAAGCUAAUAAAACAUACCCCAAUGCCAGAGAGCUUACUUAUGUUGAGAUGCCAACAAGAUUCCUUUGGAAGAAAGACCUUAGAAAAUGGCAGCCACGAAAGAAAGGGUUCUCCAUAGGACGUAUAUUCUAUGUCCCUCCAGCUACUGGUGAAAUCUUCUAUUUGAGGUGUUUGUUGAACAAAGUACGCGGCCCUAAAAGUUACGAAGAUAUUAGGACUGUAAAUGGAGUCCAAUAUGACUCAUUUCGAGAUGCGUGUUAUGCAAGGGGUUUAGUUGAUGAUGACAACGAAUAUGUUGAUGCAAUAGAUGAAGCCAGUAGUUGGGCGUCAGCUGAUCAAUUGAGGAGAUUGUUCGUGACAUUACUAAUGAGCAGUUGCAUGGGGAAACCGGAAAUAGUUUGGCAUGCCGUUUGGCAACAUCUAUCAGACGAUGCCCAAUACAAAAUCCGUUCACAACUGCAGAACAGAGAUUUUGUGUUGACCGAUUCCCACAAAAUGAACUUUGCUUUAGUUCAGAUUGAGAACCUAUUAUCUAAUCAUGGUAAGAGUUUGAAGGACUAUCCUGAGAUGCCAACGGCCAAUUUUGGUGCGUUCCAUAUUAUUGCAAAUAGGUUGAUUCAAGAAGAAUUAGCAUACGAUCGUGGGGAACAGGAGAAAGAGAAUCAAGAAUUGGUAAGGCAGUUAACAGACGAACAAAAGGCAAUAUACAAUGAAGUUUUAACUGACGUGGAUCGCCAGGAAGGUGGGUUAUUCUUCGUUUCGGGUUAUGGAGGGACAGGUAAGACUUUCUUGUGGCGAGCACUUUCUUCCGCAUUAAGGUCUAAGAGUCAAAUAGUUUUAAAUGUUGCUUCUAGCGGCAUAGCUUCGCUGUUAUUACCUGGUGGCCGUACGGCACAUUCCCGGUUUGCUAUACCGAUAUCUGUUAAUGAAGAUUCCACAUGCAACAUACGGAACGACAGUGAACUGGCGGAACUUCUUGUGCAAACAAAGAUGAUAAUAUGGGACGAAGCCCCAAUGAUGCAUAAAUUCUGCUUUGAAGCAUUGGAUCGAACUUUGCGGGAUUUGAUGCGGUUAGUAAAUCCAAGGAGUUCUGAUAUGACAUUCGGUGGUAAAACAGUUGUUCUGGGUGGCGAUUUCAGGCAAAUUCUACCAGUCAUUCCAAAGGGUACUAGACCGGAUAUAGUUCGAGCGAGCAUUAGCUCAUCCUAUCUAUGGCAAUCCUGUAAAGUCCUGAGGCUAACUAAGAAUCUACGCUUGAAAACUGUUGAAUCUAUAUCCGAGUGCAAGGAGAUCGAGGAAUUUGCAAAAUGGAUAGCUAAUAUAGGUGACGGAAUUAUUGGGUGUCAACUUGAGGGGGAAUCAGAGAUUACUAUUCCAGAAGAUUUGUUGUUAAAGUGUGAAGAUGACCCUAUUGCUACAAUCGUUGAUAGCACUUUCCCCAAUUUCCGAAUGGGAAUUGCCGAUUUGUCAUAUCUUAAUCAUAGUGCAAUUUUAGCUCCAACAUUGGAUGUGGUAGAUGCCGUUAACCAAUACAUGAAUGACCAUAAUCCUUCUGAGGGUAAGACAUACCUGAGUUGUGAUUCUGUGUGUAAGUCAGAUGCCAAUGUGGACAUGUUAGCGGAUUUGCACACUCCGGAAUUCCUGAAUGCCUUGAGAUGUUCUGGAGUAACAAAUCAUGCUUUGACAUUGAAAGUUGGAUCACCUGUUAUGCUGUUGAGAAAUAUUGAUCACACAUUAGGAUUAUGCAACGGUACAAGGUUGAUUGUUACAAGGUUGGGUGACCAUGUGUUGGAAGGCCAAAUCAUGUGCGGUACAAAUGCAGGAACUAGAGUAUUGAUUCCUAGAAUGUCUCUUACACCGUCAGAUACUAGAUUGCCUUUCAAAUUUCAACGAAAGCAAUUUCCCUUGAUGCUAUCCUAUGCUAUGACAAUCAACAAAAGUCAAGGACAAACGCUUGCUAAAGUUGGAUUGUUGUUGAAAAAACCGGUCUUUAACCAUGGACAACUAUACGUAGCUGUUUCAAGA